UACAGGAUUCCGCUGGCUGUCUUUCGUGACGAUGGUGUCUCUGUCUUUUUAUAGAAGCACCAGUGUAACAAGAACAAGUUUUCUGACAAAGUGACGUAUGAGUAGUGAUAGUGGUAUAAUUUAUAACUUGUGUUUAACAAAGUGGACUUGAGAUGCAGAUGACUUUUUGUUAUUGUUUUAUCAAAUGUUCGUCAACUUCGGCUAGAGCUUUAUUUACUGUUGCAUUCGCAGUAAGAUUCUAUGGACAGCAGUAAUCUGAACAUCUGUAACUGAAUUUGAUUAUUAGAGUCAAAAGAAAUGGAUUCAUUUUAGCAAACGUUUAUAGAAUUUCAAGCUUAAGCGGACGUAAAUAUUUAAGUUCAAUUUGAUAUGAAUAACAAAGAAAUCUUAAGAUGAUAUCCCGCGUUAAAUGGUCAGUAUUUGUUUUGGCUGUUUUUUCUAUAUUUUGUGUCUUGCACUCUUAUAAUGACUUAAUCCAAACGGCAGUUAGGACUCGCGGUUCAGGAAAAAGAGCCGGUUCUCCUUUCACAGUGACUGGAAGCCCCUCUCUCGAUUCCCCAUUAGUGAUAGUAGUCUGCGAUCCAUCCGAGAAUGACACGUACACAUUCGAACAACAUCAAUCUCCUAAGGGUAACUCCACAAAUCCAUCAAAAUUAUUUGGUGGGCCAGUAUACGAAAACGAGGAAACUCUCGCAGAACUUCGGAAAUCCUGGACCAGACAGUCUCAGCAGACGCUCGCCAUGAUCAAAACCUUGCUGUACUUUAGCAAAUCUCCCAAGUGGCGGAUUAUUGUCAUUUCAGAUAGCAAAAGAACGUUUCAGAAGAUAGCUGACCUUACAGUUGCGUUUCCAGAUAUUGAGCGGCGAAGACUGAUAUUAGAACAUAAGUAUUUGUGGUUCCCUCCAGAGUAUCCAGAACUUAGAAACCACUGGAGGCCAUGUGCCUGGGCAAAACAAUUUUUGGCAGAAACGCUCCCAGAGGAAGAUGCAGUAAUAUACGUAGACAGUGACCUGCUAUUUUUGGGCCCAGGUGAAGAGCUUUGGUGGCUUUUAAAAUCGAUGGGACCCAAACAACUGAUCGCUUUGGCUCCAGAACCUUACUACAAAGUGGACACGAAAGCCUUUCACUACGCAGGUCGGGUAGGACUCAAUACAGGCGUUAUGGCGAUCAAUCUAACCCGGGCUAGGCAGCUUCCUGGAGGUGGCAUAGGCAGUGCCAUUUUGACCGAGGGACCCAUAGACCCCGAACCUCGGCACGAUCAAGAUGCGCUUAACCAUUUCUUAAAGGAUAAGCCACAUCUCCUGAUGGAGGUGACCUCGAGGUGGAACUUUUUACCCUCCUCUUGUAUGAAGACGGCGCCGCCUUGCCCCGAUUGUUACUCGGCUGGGAUUAUUGUGCUUCAUGGAGCAGACAUGAGCUUCUACAGACCGGUCGAUAUAAAGUUCAGUUUGAUGUACGCCACUCUCUUCGGUGCAGCCGUGGACGCCAACCCCCACUUACUUUACGCGAUGGUCUCUGCUCAGCUGGCCAUCGCGGACACCACCAAUCUGCCUUACCCUUGCAGCAACUACACUGACCUCAACGAAGCUCUGACUCUCAGACUGGCAGAGGAGGCUGCUGAAUCUCUUCGCAGGAAGACAGCUAAUAAAAUAACUUAGACGUACUUUUAGUUUAGGCCACUUUUAAAGUACCAUGUUCAGAUUAGAGGUUGAAUAGUAAAUCUUGAAAUUACCUGUUUUAUUAUCCCUGUCGAGUAUUCUCUAAACGUCCGCCUGAACGCUUCACGGAUCCACCUGCGAUAUGAGAACACUAAGGAAAGGUCCGAUUUGCGAUCAGAGAAAUGUUUUGAGAUAAUCAACAGCUAAGAUUUUGGGGUAUUAAGGACUAAAGACGUCUACUUUCAGCUUAUCAUAAAGAACUUACGUCUUCAUCUCCAAUGGCGAUUGUGAUACAACAUUCUCGGACACUGGUUAAAGACGGUAAAACAGUCAAUUUAGUGUUUGGAGACGCACGAAAGAGCUUUAUGUUGAAAGACUGAACCAAGGAACACCAUGACACAGCACACUGUGUCACGCAGGUUGUGAAAUAUUAUUUGUGUUUAUUUAUCUGCUCUUAUUUGAAUAAAUGUUCAGAAUUCCUUCUUAAUUCACUGAUCAUGAUUGCAUAUGCCUGAAGAGAUCGCAAAUAUUGAUUACGUGCCUUCCGAAUCUAAUGUCUUUUAACAAUAUCAAACAACAUAGUCACCAUUCUCCCCAGUGUUAGUAUAGAGUUAUAGGCACCCUUCAGUCAUUGCUGGAAAAUUUAUGCAUGAUGCUCUUCAUUAUUUUUGCUGUACUAACUCCUGUGACCAACAUCAUUAUUAUUAUUAUUGUCAUGACACACUGUUUACACCAUAUUAUGCUUUGACUUUCCCCCAAUAUUUCUGUUCUGUUCAUAGUUGAUAUGUUUUGUCAUAUGUAUUAGAUAAUAACUGGAAUGCUUAUAUGAAGUAUCACUAGUAACCCGUACGGGGACAAACUAUAUGUACGUAUACUACAUACCUAGUACUCGGUACCAUCUUCCCCUUACGUGUGAUGAUUGCUUGUCGGGAGUUUUCACGUAUUUGUGACAAUUAUUGAGGUUUUUGCGGAUUUAGUGCGUUACUGCCAUGGUGAUAUGUACUGUAACACAGAAAGGGACAAUGUUUAACUUGAAAAGGUGAGCUCAGUGUAUACAAAACGAAGGAAUGGGCCUUCAAUGUGGAAGUUUUCAUGUACAAGAUGAUCGGGUGCAGAAGUGGUGCCUUCAUUUUACGAUCCGCCACACCAAGUGUGAAAAAAAAUCCACACUGUUU